UGGACUUCUCUCCCCCUGUAUCCCUCCCUGUGUAGUGAGCAGGGGGAGAGAGUCAUAAAACAAGCCUGGAACAGCGACAGUGACAGCGUGCAGCUCCGGCGCCUGUGCGCUAUCCUCCCUCUCACUCACCGCCAACAUCCACACCAAUGCACGCACUCACCCAUCUCCCCGCGAGACCGCAUCGCCACGCAGCGUUGUUUUCCAGGUUUCUUUUAUAGCGGGUCUCGCGUCUCUUGUCUACUUUGAUCCUGGACAAAGCCACAGAUAAUUCACCAUCAAGCUUCUGCAACGAGUUUUAAUUUUUCGAACCUGAUCUGAAUGACGGGCGGACGGUUUGACUUCGACGAUGGCGGCACAUAUUGCGGUGGUUGGGAGGAUGGAAAAGCCCACGGACACGGUAUCUGCACGGGCCCCAAGGGCCAGGGCGAAUACUCCGGGUCCUGGUCUAACGGCUUCGAGGUAGUUGGCGUGUACACCUGGCCAAGUGGAAAUACGUAUCAGGGCUACUGGGCGCAAGGGAAACGCCACGGGCUUGGCGUUGAGUCGAAAGGGAGGUGGCUCUAUCGUGGAGAGUGGGCUCAUGGAUUUAAGGGGCGAUACGGGGUCAGACAAAGCCUAAAUACACCUGCUAGAUAUGAAGGCACAUGGAGUAAUGGUCUGCAGGAUGGAUAUGGGGUUGAGACCUACGGUGAUGGUGGGACGUUCCAGGGCCAGUGGAUGGGCGGCAUGCGUCAUGGCUACGGCGUGCGGCAGAGCGUGCCUUACGGCAUGGCCACGGUGAUCCGCUCGCCGCUGCGGACAUCCCUGGCCUCGCUGCGCAGCGAACAGAGCAACGGCUCGGUGCUCCACGAGCAGCUCUCCGACAGCCCGGCGGGGACGCGCGGCGGCUUCGUCCUCAACUUCCACAGCGACAGCGAGCUGGGCGGCUCGGGCAAGAAGAAGGGCCUGUUCCGGCGCGGCUCGCUCUUCGGCAGCCUGCGGCAGCUGCGCAAGUCCGACUCGCGCUCGUCCAUCUCCAGCAAGCGCAGCUCGGCGCGCAGCGACGCCACCAUGAGCCGCAUCAGCUCCAGCGACGCCAACUCCACCAUCAGCUUCGGCGAAGGCGACGUAGCCGACGACUACCUGCCGUCUGAGGACCACGUUGACGCCACCACCACCGAGGCCUACAUGGGCGAGUGGAAGAGCGACAAGCGCAACGGCUUCGGCGUCAGCGAGCGCUCCAACGGCAUGAAGUAUGAGGGCGAGUGGACGAACAACAAGCGCCACGGCUACGGGUGCACGAUAUUCCCCGACGGCACCAAGGAGGAAGGGAAGUACAAAAAUAACGUUCUGGUGCGGGGCAUCAAGAAGCAGCUCAUUCCACUCAAGAACACCAAGACGAGGCAGAAGGUCGACCGCGCCGUGGAGGGAGCCAUCCGGGCAGCUGCCAUCGCCAGGACUAAAGUGGAAAUAGCCACCUCAAGGACGGCACAUGCCAGGGCCAAGGCUGAGGCUGCUGACCAGGCUGCACUGCUGGCCAACCAGGACUCAGACAUUGCCCGGGCAGUGGCUCGCGAGCUGUCCCCCAACUUCCAUCAACCAGGCCCCGACUACAUCAAACAGAGGUUUAAUGAGCCAGUGGAGAUUAAGGAGGUCCCAGAGGAGAAGAAGGAGAAGUCCCCGUCGGGAAGCCCUCACUUCUACCGCAAAGGGACAACCCCCACCCACACCCCAAUUCACAGCCCGGGACCCACGCCUCCCCCCUCCCCGCCUCCCCCCACCAAAAAGAAGUCCUUUUUCAGUCGAAAACAAGACAAUAAGACGCCCACUACGGAGACCGCAGUCACGGGCAUCACGAAGGCCGCCUCCAAGAUAUCAGUAAAGCAGGAAACAGCUCUGGAGGUUGCUCCACCACCCAAGCCUGCCAAGUUAGCGGCGCCGGUCGCCAAUGCCCACAGCAGCCCCGGAAACGGCGAGCUGCACUCGGAGUACCACGGCUACAAGGUCAAGGCCGAAGUAAUGAUCCCACCGGACCCACCAGAGGAGGAGAUGGAGAUGCAGGUGGAGGAGCCCCCAACACCACCCCCCAUGAGGCAAUACAGAGCACCCACCCCCAAACCCAUGGCCCUCAGAGAGAGCAAACCUGAGCCAAAACUCAAGAAGCAGGAGUCGUUGAAGCCAAAGAGCCUAUCUGAAACCAAGAAAGCCAGCCUGGAGAUUACCACCGACAGUGUCGAACAAGAAUCGGGCCCUAAUUCAGUUCUGGUUAUCCUUGUGAUGCUUAUAAAUGUUGGUUUAGCUAUUAUUUUCGUCCAUUUCCUAACCUGACAGAAGAUCAAACAGUGACCUCAUGAAAACUAGUGGCAUAGGCCCCUAAUUCUCUGCAGUUACGUCGACGGCCU